UCGAUGAAAACGCAUUGAGGGCAACAGCGAGCCCGCAGAUGGUAGCACUGGGGGACCUGGAGUUUGUUAAAGUUUUCCUGAUACAUGUGUACCUUGCAGGAAAGAAGAUAGAAGAUGUGUGUGAAUUACAUGAGGAAUAUAUUCGGUCCUUGCAUUCACUGCCAAUGGAGCAUUUUGAGUCAGAAAUCUGGCACAGAUUUGGUCACAAGUUUAUAGCUGAAACAGACAGAAGAAAGAACCUUGAUUGGGACCCAAGUAAAGCAAGUGUAUAUCAUUGCUGUAUCGAGAAAGCAGAAGACUCGGUAGUUACCAUAUUUAAGGGCCCAUAUAGGGAGAACACGAGGAACAAGCUGCAGAAAGUUGUUGGUGAUGACAAUAUUCUUAUCGUUAACUUCUCAGAGAUACCUGGGCAUAGAAACAUUGGAGAUAACAUCGGUACCCACUGUAGUUAUUACCAACAGUUUGCUGAAGAUGGCAUCAUCUUGGGUUUGCGUCGUUACCGAUUUCUCAUUUUCAAAAAUGGAGGGAAGGAGAAAAGAAAGAAAGAUGGAAACCAAAAAUAUAGUUCCUCUGUCAAGUGUUACUUUGUUCGUACUGAGUCUGGAUGGGACAGGGACGAGCCUUAUAUCCUCUCCAACAAAACUAUUGAUGAGGCCCGUAAGAUGUUUAUGCAUAUUCACACUGUGCCCACCGUGGCAAAAUAUUUGGCCAGGUUUUCUUUAGUAUUAUCCAAAGCUACCACACUACUAGAUGCCAACGACCUAUCAAAUGUUAAUGUCAUAACUAUUGAUGAUGUACCUUGCAAGGAUACAAAUGGAAGCAUUAUUCUUAAUCAUGGGGAUGCUUUGAUCCACACUGAUGGGACUGGCCUAAUAUCAGAAGAUUUAGCCAAGAAAUGCCCUGCAAGUGUCUUUAAGGGAAACUUACUGGGGACAAAUGACCUGCACCCUGUUCUUAUGCAGAUGCGUAUGUUCUAUGAUGGACUUGUUGCAAAGGGAACCCUUCUCGUUGAUAGAAGGCUUCCUCCCAGAACUAUUAAUAUACGACCAUCAAUGAUAAAAGUGUCACCUGAUCCAAAUCUACUAGACGGGCAGUCCUUCAACUCAUUGGAAAUAGUUUCUACAAGCAAUCGUCCCAAAAGAGCCUAUACAUCGAAGGUCUUAAUUACAUUGCUUCAUUAUGGGGUUCCAGUGGAUUAUUUUUUGGAGCUUCAAAGGAAGGCAGUAAAAGAUGUUGAGAAAGCUUGUUAUAACACUAGUGAUUCUCUCGAAGUUGCAUAUAACCAUGCUGACAUGGAUGACUCAAUGUCGGCACGAAUGAUUCUAUCUGGAAUCCACCCUGAAGAUGAGGCUUAUUUGAAAUACCAGCUGUCUGAAAUGAUUCGAGAGGAAAGAGAAGGGAUCAAACUAGGAGGAAUUCCGAUAGACGAGACUUACAAUCUGAUCGGCGCAACAGACCCUACAGGGACACUAAAGCCCAAUGAAGUUUGUGUUAUACAUGAGAAUGGCCAACUUUCUGGAGAGGUUCUUGUCUACAGAUAUCCUGGGUUACAUUUUGGAGAUAUACAUGUCUUAACUGCAACUCAUAUUCCUGAUUUAGAGAAGAAUAUCGUGGGCUUCUCCAAAUAUGUUAUACUUUUUCCUAUUUCCGGGCCACGCUCUUUAGCUGAUGAAAUGGCAGGCGGCGAUCACGACGGCGACAGUUUCUUCGUCUCAAGAAACCCACAGUUACUGGAGCACUUCAGACCAUCUGAAGCAUGGGUUCAAAGGGUCCCGCCAAAAAAGACUGUACAGAAGAAGCCUCAAAAUUUCAAUGGUCCGGAUCUGGAAAUCCUUUUAUUCCAUGAGUUUUUAAAAACUAGAUUUACACCCAGUUAUGUGAUGAGUACAGCUGCGGAUUGUUGGUUGGUAUAUAUGGAUCAACUCUUGACAAGUGAAGUUCAAGAACAUAAACGGGAAAUGAUAAAGACUAAGAUGCUUGAGUUAUGUGACAUUUACUAUGAGGCCUUGGAUGCCCCCAAGACAGGGAACAAGAUCGAUAUCCCCCACACACUGAAGGUCAAAGAAUAUCCACACUAUAUGGAUGGGAAAACACAUCGGACCUACCAUUCGACAUCAGUGCUGGGAAAAAUUUAUGAUCAAGCAAACGCAAUGUCACAACAGUAUGACAUUUUUCCAUCAGUCAAUAUAGCAGUCCUGACGUGCUUUACAGAGGAAGUGGUAACCAAAGAGUGCAGGGAGCAGUGGACAAGCCAUUACCAAGACUAUCGAAGGGAGAGCACAUCCUUCUACGGUGCCAAGUACAGCAAAGAAGAGAGAAACAAGAGGUUUCUGGAGCUUUACCAAAAAUAUAAGCGGAUACUGUACCAUUCUGAGGAGUUUAAUGAGAGCCCGAGGAACCACAACGAGGUGUUCGGCGAGGCCUGCGCGAUCUACCAGAUCGUCUACCAGUACGCGAUACGGCGGGACAACAUCAGCCUGUGCGGCUUCGCGUGGAAGGUCGCCGGCCGUGCGCUGUGCCAGCUCCACACGAUCAAACGCGGUGGCCAGACUGUGCUCUGCUCGCACUCCGUCCUCCGGGACGCCUUCAAGAGGAAACGCUGA